AUGAUAUUACAAUUACGUCCAUCGUAUCAAUUUUUCUUAAUUCUUCUUGGAAUAAAUUUAUUAUGCAAUGAUCUCGGAGGUUAUAAUUCACAAGGCGGUGUAAAAGCAUGGAAUAUAUUCAAUCCUGCCUCUGCAAACUAUGAUAACGAAAAUAAUUUUGCUCCAAGGCCAAUGGAUUUUAAUCGUGAAGAUAUUCCUAAAAAUAUUCUUAUCGGAUCUUAUAUUGGAGAAGAGUAUACAUUUUUUAAAGCUUUGAGCCAACAAACGGUUUCGAAUUCCAAUUAUUUAAGUAGAUUCGAAACUUAUAUGAAAGCCGCAUCUGAAUUUAAGCCAGACUUGUUUCUUUGUGAUCAUUUUCUUAAUGAAGCUUGUUAUGAUGCUGCUUGGAAAUUAAAAAAACCUAGUGUUGGAAUUAGCUCUUGGUUGACUCCACCGACGAAUGUUGAUGAAGAAAUGCAUGCUAAUUCUAGUCAAAUAGUAACUGAUGAUAUGA